AUUAUUUCAUUGCUGACUUUUAAUUUUUUAUGCAAAAGAGACGAAAAUUGUACACAUGCAAACUUGCAAAACGUACGUUCCAAGUGUUUCUCAACUAGCUUUGGGAUACUGUACAAAAAUAGCCAUCUUCUCCAUAUUUCAGUGAAACAACUUUUGAAAAUGAAUAUUCCUAAACUUUUCAAACCUCAAUCCUCUUCAGUUUGUAUUUUUCAUUUGUUUCUUUUAAUCGUAGGUUUAUCAAUUGGUCUUGUAUCUGCUUUAUGCCUCAAAAGCUUCUUCUUCACCAUUCCAGCUUUCCCAUUCCUGUUUUCUCCUUCAAUUUCAAAACUAUCCUUGCCAACGCCGCCGCCGCUGCCACCACCACGACCACUAUCACCACCUCCGCUCGGUCCUCCGACAGCAGUCAUGCAUAAUAUGACCGACGAAGAGCUGUUGAAGAAAUCAUCAUUGGUUCCACAAAGUCAAGAGUUACUUGUUCCUAAAGUGGCGUUCAUGUUCUUGACACCAGGGUCUCUGCCUCUGGCUCCUUUAUGGGACAAGUUUUUUAAAGGUCAUGAAGGACUUUACUCCAUUUACGUUCACUCUCAUCCUUCUUACAACGAUUCAACGCCUGAGAAUUCUGUUUUUUAUGGCAGAAGAAUUCCAAGCCAGCCUGUGUACUGGGGAACUAUAUCAAUGAUUGAUGCUGAAAGAAGGCUAUUAGCUAAUGCCCUACUUGACUUCUCCAAUCAAAGAUUUGUAUUACUCUCUGAUUCAUGCAUUCCCCUUUUCAACUUCACUACAAUCUACAAAUACCUAACAGAAACAAAUCUAAGCUUUCUCGGGUCAUUCGACGAUCCUCGAAAACCGGGUCGAGGUCGAUACAAUCGCCAAAUGUGGCCAACGAUUAGCAUCGAACAGUGGCGGAAAGGCUCCCAAUGGUUCGAGAUCCAUCGUGAUCUCGCUGUUAAAAUUGUAUCUGACCAAAAAUAUUACCAAGUUUUUCAUGAGGAUUAUACUGAGCUACUUACUGAAUGUUUAAGUGAAUCAACUUCCUUGUCCACACGCACUAGCAAUGUUAGCAACAUUGAAGGCAACAAAUCAAAAUGGAGUUUGCUAGAAGACGCGACUACUAACUGUACUUGCACCAAAUCAAAAGAAAAGUUCUGGACGCUUUACUUAGAAGAGAAAGAAGUCAGCAUGUCCAUUGAAGUAGUUAAUGUUUGUGACCUAGUUUGUGAGGAUUACUUUAUGCUUGCUUAA